AGAUGGCAGCGUGGUUUGUACUGUGAACCGGUGAAAGGAGUUUGUAAUAAAAUUACUGCUGGAAACAACAUUGGUGAUACUGAAUUGGGUUCUUAAUCAUUAUAUAGGCACCCGUAUGCACUGAUAUAUUUCUGUAUCCCACAACAUUUCUGCUGUUAUUGAAUUUAUCGCCUAGAACAGGUGAUAGACAACUGGCGUGAAAUCCAGUUCUGUUUCAAAAACUCUCACAAACAAGUUCUACUGUUUUUCCACCAACAAUUCAAAACGAUCUGGGCACGGAUGGUUGUCAAGAAGAAGAAACACAUCGACGUUGGUCGGAUUAUCCUGGAUGAUCACAAACUUGCAAGUUUGAGAUUUAUAGCAUCUGAUGCGGAGAACGAUCUUGCAAAACUUUUGCUGGAGUGUGUGGAACUUGUGGAUGGAAUCCAACAGCUGCACUUAUUGAAGAAGAUUGGUUCGUUAUUACUAAAGUUGGAUGGAGUCUCUCUUCAGAGUUCACAUGCGGACACCUGUAUUAAAAUACUGGUUGACAUUUACUGGGAUCUGGAAUCAAAAAGCCCUUUGAAAAGAGCAUCUGCAAGUACACUGGGCUGUGUUCCUGAAAGCUUGCAGGAGGAAGUGGUUAGCUGCCUUGUCCAUUGCCUGAGGAACGAACUGUUGACAGUGGAUAAAACCCAUACUAGGAAGACAACUGACUCCAUUGCAGCGUGCAUGGAGAAUUUUAGCUUGGGUGAAAAAUGCAUGCAGUUUCUUUAUCUGGAGGUUCUUCAGUUUCUGCAUGCGGCAGUUCUGGAUUUCAUGUUGCAGAAUAAGAACCUUGGUGGGCAACAUAUUCUGCAGAACAAGCUGAUGUAUGAUUUGCUACUGGCCUUAAAAACCUCAAUGGUGCUUGUUCAGAAAGUUCAAGGCAAAAUACAUGGUAUUUUCUGUAACGAUCCUGAGCCAGCUCUCUUGGAAGCUAUGUGUGGAUUGCUCACGUGCUUUAUUGAAAUGAUUUUAGAUGGAAAUUUCCUACAGACCGUUCAUAGUACAGCAGGAAUGGCCGCGCUUCUGUUUAUCAAAACUAUCGUGGAACGUGAUGAGUUGUUGCCAAAGCUGGUUCACAAUCUGCUUUUUAACUCCACGAAAGGAGUUGCCGAUGCCCCAAGUUGGUUAAUACAGAGUUGUGGGGCACUAUACCGAGCUGCACCGCCUGACGAUGCAGUUAUUUUCCUCAUCCAGGGAACACUGACCAUGUUAGACUGGGGAAGUGGAAGAAUGAGAGACGGCUGUGACCAGCUCCUCUUAGAUUUAUUAACUGCUCUCCUGUCACUUAACUGCCGUUUAAAGGAAUCCAGUAUGGCAUUGUCAAUUUCCAGAAUUCUCGGGUUUUGGACAACAGCCGCAUUAGAUGCCCUCCAUUCAGACUCAUGCUCUCAGUAUCUGAAAAAUUCCUUGGGUGGAAGCUCUGAAUCCAUUCAGAAACUACUGGGCUACAUAUGGACACAUUGGGAACAUCCUUUAGAUGCAGUGAGACAUCAGACUAAAGCUAUAUUUAAAAACAUUUUAAAAAUUCACCAGAAGACCAUCGAUGGUUCGAGUGAAAUGACAGAUUCAUUCUUCUUAAAUUUGACAAAGAGUUUGUUGGAUUUAGAGUGGCAUAUCAAAGGGAAAUAUAUUUCACUGAGCUGCUUAGUAGAAUAUUUAGGUACAGAUUAUAUACUAACAGUGGAUGACUCUAUCCCUAAACAAGUUUUAGGACUAAUGCAUGAGCAAUCGCUUGCACCAUAUGCAACUGAUCUGUUAGAAAAAAUGUUCAUCAGCCAUAAGAACCAGUUGAUGUCUUCACCACAAUCGACUAGUUGGACUGAUGAAUGGCACAAAACCUGGGUCCUGCCAUUUCUUCUGGCCUUGUGUGAGGAGAAGCCCAGUCAGACAACUUCCAUCAUUGACUACUAUCUUCCCAAGCUGUUAAAAUGCAACCCAGACAGCCUGACAUAUAUGAUCAAAGAGCUUCACUCUUCUGACAAGGCUGACAAGAGUGGUGCAUUCAGCUGCAGCGGUGCUCUCGGAGCACUGAUGACUUGCUUAAGGACAGCUAGAGCUCAGGGGCUCUGGAGCACUGCUGAAAAAUCCACGUGGGACCAACUGAUACCCAUUAGCCUGAUGAAACAGGCUUUGGUUCACAAGCACGAACAGGUCCGUCUUGAUGCCUUGGGUUUGAUUUGUGAGACAAACCGUACUACAGAAGCGGUAUCUCAGCAAGAGAUGGAAUUAGUAAAAUUUUUCCUUUCAUAUAACAUGAACAGUCAGUCUGCUGCAAUGAGGCAGAAAAUUGUGUGGGUCAUGAAAAAGCUAUUCUACAGGAUACGGGAUAAUUCCCAAAUGCUUUAUAAACAAACCCAGGCUAUUAAUAGGCAGAAGAGCACUGGAUGUGAAGAAAAAACAAAUACUCAAGAUCCAGAAGCUCAGCUUCAACAGUACAAGGAUUUUUUGAUCUGGGUGUGUGACAGACUAUUCCAAGCUCUAUUUCCUGGUGCUUCAUUCCCAAGCAAAUUUAUUGUCUUGAGUCUCUUAGGAAUAAUUGCAGAACUUUCUGAAAAUCUGGAAGAUCGAAGUUACAGCGUGUUUCAGAUAACUGAUGCCUUUCGGCCUGCCUAUGCAGAUGCUUUGUUAGGGUGUUUGAACAGCACCUUUGAGGAAGUUAAGAUCUUGGCCUAUAAUCUGAUUAGGAAACUUCCAGCUGCAAUUUUAGGAUUACAGGGAAGUGAGAAACUGCAAACACUUUUGAAGGCAGCUUUGGACCUUUCGAUCAGUACAAAGCCGUAUGAUUGUGUUACAGCUUCCUACCUCCUGACCCUUCUGGUACAACAGAGAGGUUUACUGCCAGCUCUUCAUGCUUGUUCUUUAAACCAAGAAGCAAUUGAAUGCCAGUCUGUUGGCCCCAGCAAAGAUCCAGAAAAGCAACCAGAUAAGGAAAUUGUGGAAACCAAUAUUUUAGAAGUUAUUAAGUACCUGAUGGAUUGUCUGACAGAUGAGAUCAAACAAGCUGAAAAAUCUCUGGUGCUUGCGGCAGCUUCUAAGCCCUUAUAUGGAAGAGUUCAUUGCAUCAUUGCAGUUCUGCAGCAGCUCUCUCUAAAGUCUAUCAGAAACCUUUCAGAAUGGAGGACGGUUGUGGAAGGACUAAUUUUAAUGGCCUUCCGCCUGUCAGCAGUGGUAUCUCCUAUUUGUCAGAGCUCCUCACCAGAGGGACUAAUUCCAAUGGACGCAGAUCUUGAGACUGCUGAAAACUUGCAUAGGAUUAUAACUGAAAUAAAGCCACAAGACACCAAUGAUUAUUUUGUACAAGUGAAAGUGCUGAAAAGCGAUGAAUGCAGAGAAUCAAGUAAAAAUCUUCGCGGAUACUGCAAUCCUGCUGAAAAUCUGAGCACGACCAUGACAGAUCCAGCCGGACGUUCCUGUCAGGUUACUGCUCAAAUGGUUCUUGUGUGUUGUUGGAGAAGCAUGAAGGAAAUCUCCUUGCUAUUGGGAUUCUUGUGUCAAAAUUUGCCUGUUCAGUCAGCACCCAACUCAAAGGAUGGUCUACUCUCAUUCCACCAGGUUCGAGCAAUUGGAGAGUAUUUCAAAUCUCAGCUUCUGCAAUCUAGGCAUAGAGGUGCAUUUGAGUUGGCUUAUGUUGGAUUCAUAAAACUUACUGAAAUGCUCACCAGAUGCAAUCAUGGAGAUCUGCAGAAGUUAACUCUCCAGUGGCUUGAAGACGUUUUACAGGAAAUUAAGUCCAGUGCCCCAGAAUCCAAGCUGUGCCCAACCAGACGCAGUGCUGGAAUCCCAUUUUACAUUCAGGCAUUGGUCUCCUCCGAGCCUAGGUGCUCCAACUGGAGUCUUCUGAAGAUGACGAUGAAAGAAUUGAUCACACUUUCCAUGCCAGCCACCUCCCAGGAUGAACACGCCACCAUUCCACAGGUACAUGCCCUGAAUAUCUUGAGGGCACUAUUCAGAGAUACCAAAUUGGGUGAAAAUGUCAUUCCCUAUGUGGCAGAUGGAUUGCAAGCAGCGAUCCUUGGCUUUACAUCUCCUGUGUGGGCAGUACGAAAUUCUUCCACAUUAUUGUUCAGUGCUCUUAUCACCAGGAUAUUUGGAGUCAAAAGAGGAAAGGAUGAACAUUCCAAGAAGAACAGGAUGACUGGCAGGGAAUUCUUUACCCGUUUCCCCACACUUCAUCCCUUCCUCCUUAAACAGCUGGAGAUGGUGGCAAGCACAACGGGCAGUGAUUCUGGUGUUCUGAAGCUCCACCCCAGCCUGUUCUUGUUGCUGCUUGUUCUGGGUCGAUUAUAUCCAUCCCCCAUGGAUGGCACAUGCUCGGCUCUCAGCCUGGCACCCUUUGUGCCCUUAAUCAUAAGAUGUGGCCACUCGCCUGUACUUCGAUCCCGUGAGAUGGCUGCUCUCGCCCUCGUUCCCUUCGUGGCAGUUGAUCGAAUUCUUCCAAUGGCACAGUCCUUGAUGGAAACCUUACCUGCUCCCACAGAUCCAUGUAUACGACAGAACCAGAUCCACGGGACACUGCUUCAGGCAUUUCAUUUACUGCAGUCCUGCUAUGACUCAAGACAAAGGACCAAUUCAAGUCUUCACCAAGAGCUGCAUGACAUCAUUGGCUGCACUAGAGCCAAAAUAUGGUUGGCAACAAGGCUGAAUCCUUGUUUCCUUACUAGAGCAACUUUUCUCGAUAUCAUUUCUAUCCUUUGUUCUCAUUUGGAUUUCUCAAAAAGAAUAGAAUUGGAGGUUCUAAAUUUCUGGCAGGCUGCCCAGCACAUUAUACUGGAGUCAGAACUGUUUGCAGAGAGCCAGAAGAUUUCACCAGCACCUGGACUAAUUCAGUGGCAAAAAAGCAUCACAAGGCUAACGUUGUCUGUAGUAGCAAGAUCGGUUUCUGCACGACCAGUGUCACAGUCAGGAGAUGCCACCUUCAAAUUGGCUUCUGAAACUUCUGACUUUCAGCCCAGCCUUCUCCUUCCUCAUCUUCUACACUCAGAACUUACUGAAGUACGUUUGCUGACCCUGGAGACACUGUUGUUAUGGCUGGAAGACACAGAUUUCCUCCAGCAUAGACAGACAAAUGGGAAUGUACUGUUCCUGUUAUCGGGAAUUAAGGACACUCUGAAAAAGCUAGCAGUGCAAGAUAAACACCCAGAAUGCCUUGCCAAGGUGCUGAAAAUCUUGUGCCAUUUGGAUAUAGAGGGACUGUUUCCUUGGAUGGUGAAUACUUCAGUGAUGAGUGAAGCCAUAUUUCUCAGGUGGAUCUUAUCAGUAGCAGAAACCACAAGAAGCAGUGUUGAGAUGCAAAGUGCAACACUUAAUCUGACUUCAAAAUUAGUGAUCCAUCUUGUGCAGAAGGAACAGGAGCAGAAAACCUUGGAUUCCAUAAGUGAAGAGCUCAGACAGUGGGUCCAUUUAGUUGAACAGAGUUGUGGAGUAGAGCAGCAGACAGAAAUGCGAUUGACAGCUGCAGAAGUCCUCAUUGCUGCUGUCCCAUCUUUCCUUGCCAAUAAACAGCUUUAUUUAGAUCUACAGGAUACUUUAACCCUGUGGAGAUGUAUCUUCACUCUUCUGCAAGAUGAAGAGCAGAUGGUGAGGAAUAAGGUCACAGAUGUUGUACAGAUGAUUCCGUGCUUUCUGACGGCCUGUAAGGAUAAUGAUAUUUUGUACUCUGCCAUUAAUCCGUCCCUGGCUCUGGAUCUUGGCCUUGGAUCGCUGUGUGAACUUCUGCAGUUCUGGGGCCAAGUUUUGCCUGGAAUUGUCACCCUCAUUGAAUGGAUGCUGGUAGAAGAUGAUACGGAAGAAGAUACAGUGAAUGAAAACCUGGGAGAAUAUGACCUGCUAUUUGAUAAAAGUGAAAUUAACCUUUGGGCAGAGAAGAUCACCUUUGCCAAUCUGCUCCAGAAGCAUCUGUCAAGACUUAUUUUUCAGUCAGGGAUCGUUCCAGAUGAAGAUUCCCAGCUCUGCCUUCUGUCAGCAAAGGCUUCUGACCUAGCGCAGCAUGUAGAUCAACUUCUUGAAGGCCUACCUCCUGCAGCAGAAUUUUCUAGAACAGCGGACUACACAAGGCUGAGCAUUCAAAGAGUGAGGCUCUUGAACACAGCCCAGCUACUGAGGCAGCUCGGCUUUGGUGCCAUUAUUACUGGGCAUUUGUGAAGUGUAAUGAUCUCAUUAUUUGACUUGGCCUAAAGCUGAGGAAAAACCGAUCAGCAGAAGCACAUUCAUGACAAAGAGGGGUUUGUGGAGGCUAGAGGAAGACUGUAUCCCUUAGGGCUGUGUGCCUAACGACAUGAAGAUUUUUAUGCCAGUCAUAAUUCGUUAACAUUAAUUGCUUCUCUCACUAAAGAAAAUUGUUGGCAUCAGAAAUGAACUAUUGUCAUUGCUGUAGUAAUGUUAUGUGGACCGACCUGAAAUCAACAUUUUCAAAUUACAGUUUGAAUAUUGGGAAAAGUUUGGAUGAAUAUAAAUUAAGUUUAAUCAUUUUUUAAAGCAGCAAAUAAAAUUUAAAUUAAAUA